GGAGACAACAUGUGGGUUGUGUAUCUAUGUAAGCAGUAGGUGUGUUUCGAGUUUGAAUACUGCACAAUGUGGAAGGCGACUGCUGGACAAAAUCUACAGAUAGCUGAUGGAAAUGACGAUGACUGGGAGACAGACCCAGAUUUUGUUAACGAUGUUACUGAACAAGAACAGCGAUGGGGAUCCCGAACAGUUGAAGGCUCAGGAAGAACUGUUGGUGCAAUAGAUAUGAAAAAGUUACGUGAAGAAACUGCAGAGGCAGAUGCAGUCCUUAAACAAAGACAGUUGGAAGAUGGACCCAAAGCAGCAUUUGGCUAUGGAGGGAAGUUUGGAGUGCAGAAAGACAGGAUGGAUCAGUGUGCUGUUGGACAUGACUAUGUUGCAAAAGUAGAGAAGCACGUGUCCCAGAAGGAUUACAGUGCAGGCUUUGGGGGCAAAUUUGGAGUGCAGAAGGAUCGGAUUGACAAGAGUGCAGAAGGUUGGGAAUAUAAAGAGAAAAUUGAAAAACAUGCAUCACAAAGAGACUACAGUUCUGGAUUUGGUGGGAAGUUUGGAAUUCAGGCAGAUCGACAGGAUAAGUCUGCAGUUGGUUGGGAUUAUGUAGAAAAGAUCGAAAAACAUGAGUCACAGAAAGAUUAUGCUAAAGGCUUUGGUGGAAAAUUUGGAGUUGAAACUGACAGACAGGACAAGUCUGCUUUGGGUUGGGAUCAUGUAGAGAAGACUGAAAAGCAUGCAAGUCAAAAAGAUUAUGCUGUUGGUUUUGGUGGAAAAUUUGGAGUCCAAGCUGACAGGCAAGAUAAGUCAGCAGUUGGUUGGGAUCAUCAUGAAAAUCUUCAUCAACAUGAAAGUCAAACGGAUCAUAAACAGGGAUUUGGUGGAAAAUUUGGACUCCAGACAGACCGAGUUGAUAAAUCAGCACAUGAUUUCAAUGCAAAACCAGAAAAAGUAGGAACAAAUUAUGAAAAAGUGAAACCAGAUGUUGGAUCUCUCAGGCCAUCCAACAUACGUGAGAAGUUCGAAAACAUGGCGAAAAUUGAAGAACCAAAGCAAAAUAUUGAAGCAGAGCCCCGGAGUCCUAGUAACCAAAUAGUGAAAACUGAAGACCAUAUUAGAAGAGAAGCAGAGAUUUUGAAAACACAGCUGGUGACUCCCUCAGUACAUCACGGACAAGAAGAAGAAGAAAUUGCAGAACCACCUGACAAAGUCAGCCCACCUACACCAACAGUCAUGACUACACAGAACCCACUAAUUUCAGAGCCAGCAGUCACAAACCAGAGCACAGUUGCUGAUGAACAGCUGCUACCACCUACAAUAGAAGAUAAUCUGCAAUCAGAAAAUACUGCAUUAUAUGAAGUAGAAGAUACUGGCUAUACUGCAGUAGCAUUGUAUGACUAUCAAGCAGCUGCUGAAGAUGAAAUAUCCUUUGAUCCAGAUGACAUCAUUACAGGAAUAGAAAUGAUAGAUGAAGGUUGGUGGAGAGGGUAUUGUAGGGGACAGUAUGGCCUGUUCCCUGCUAACUAUGUCCAGUUGCAGUCAUAGUGAUGUGGGGCUAUAGUUACCAUUGUGAUCCCAUCAAAAAUUAUAUUGUACAGACUUUUAUGAGAAUGUGUUGACAUCUUCAUUCACACUGGGUAUUGGAUUUUAUGCAUACAGAGUAGAGGUAUCUUGAUUUUUUAAGUUGUUGUAGUAUACAUUUGUUCAGUAUUUUAGACCCUUUACAUUCUAAAUUGCUAAGUAAAAGAGCAAAUAAGUUUCAAGAAAACAUAUAUUUAUUUAUUUAUUAUUUCUGAUGUGUGUAAACUAGAUACACCGUAAUUUUUUACAGUAAAUCAUUUGUUAUCAAUUCCGAAUGACUUUACUAAGAUUUUAUAUCUUUCAUUUUUCACAGUUUUAUUUUUUAUUUUGAAGAUUUAUAAUGAAAGAAUGAAUGAAUGUGAACAAAUAAGUAUUACACUAAGAAGACUGUUUAUAUAACAAUGGUUUAUCAUCUUGAAUUUAAAAAAAAUUAGCUUGGUAUAUUCACUUCAAGGUGGUCACCUUUAAAAUGUAAAGUAAUAUGAAACCAGCCUGAGAAAUUCAAUGAAGUUUUAUUUGUAAUAGGACCUUCACCUAUACAGAGUUUGAUAAAAAAAUUAUGGAAUUUUUAUUUUCACCAAAAACCCGAGUUUCGCAAAAGUGGCAUAGAACUUCUUGGCACUUAGUGACUGUACAAUCUUGUUGCAAGAACUCAAGUGUUCUACACCAUUGAGAUUGAAGAACACAGUGUGCACAACCUUCAAAUCCAGUUGAAUUUGAUGAGUUUCAUCUUCACACACACACACACACACACACACACACACACACACACACA